CGUUCUCCGUUUAAUCCGUUGUAAUUCCUGCGUUCCUUCAUAUUACGGAAAUCGUGAAAGAGGUGGAAAAAAACAGAAAUCGGAAGCUCGAAAGCAUUUCGAAAAUAUCCGCGUUUUUUUUUUCAUUUGAAGCUUAUACAAGUUCUCUCGCGGGACGAGCAGUCUUGCAUAAGAACGAAGUUUCGCGGGGAGCUCAUCAGCCGAUCAUAUAUGCGUUACGUUAGGAAAACGAGCAAAAUCAUUCAAUUGCAAUUUCGCACGUUCCUAUCGGAAAUUGGUACGCGAGAGUCGCGGGACUAAGCGCGAUCAGACUUAGAAUUGUCUAUAUUGCGCAUCCUCUCAGGUGAUUUGUUCCACGUCUUGAAAGAAACAAUCGAAAGAAAAUGCGACAACAUCUUCUCGUCCUGUUCCUUUUUUUGUCGGCAUCAUCCGCGGAGCAACGGCGUGUAAAAAGUGCCGAGGAGAAAUGUCACGCGGAUCAUCCCACCCUGCUUCACUAUUUCUCAUGGGCGGAUUACACGGUGCUCGGCAUGAUGCUGCUGGUCUCUUGUCUGAUCGGCACUUUUUACGGCUUCUUCUCCAAAAAACAGGAGACUAGCCAAGAUUUUCUGUUAGGUGGCUCCAGCAUGGGCACAAUCCCUAUGGCGAUGUCAUUAGCUGCCAGCUUCAUCACGGCCAUUGAACUCCUAGGGAAUCCCGCGGAGAUGUACGGACAGGGUACUCAAUUCUGGAUGACGUGCCUUUCUUUCAUAUUCGUGGUACCGAUCACCUCUCGUUUGUACCUGCCGGUGUUCAUAAAAUUAAGGCUGACAUCGAGUUAUGAAUAUUUACAAUUGCGCUUCGACCGAAAUUGCCGAUUACUCUCGAGCGCGUUGUAUAUGCUGCAAAUGGUAUUAUACACGUCAGUAGCUGUUUAUGCACCUGCAUUAGCGUUAAGUCACGUUACGGGCCUAAAUACUUACAUAGCCGUCACUCUAGUCUAUAUGGUCUGCAUUUUCUACGCCUCACAGGGUGGUAUGAAAGCCGUGAUAAUGACCGAUACUUUCCAAGCCGCCGUUCUUAUCGGCUCAUUAUUCCUCAUCAUGGGUUACGGAUUAUCCUGGGAGGGCGGAAUUACGAGCGUUUGGGAAAAGAAUGCAAAAUCCGGCCGGAUGGAAUUUUUUCAUAUGGAUCCUAGUCCUACAGUACGGCAUAGCUUCUGGAGUGUUGUGAUCGGUGGUACUUUUUACUGGACCACCAUGUUCUGCAGCAACCAGGCGUCCGUCCAAAAAUAUCUCAGUGUCGAGAAUAUCUCACAAGUAAGGAUAGCAUUGUGGGUGUCUGCAUUCAGUAUGAUCGUAAUUUAUAGCGUGAAUUUUCUGACUGGAAUGGUGCUGUAUAGCGCUUAUAAAGACUGUGAUCCUUUAAUAGCCGGAUAUAUAAGCGGCCAGGAUCAAAUACUUCCGUUGUAUGUGAUGAAUUUCUUGGGGGGACUUCAAGGAAUGCCCGGAUUCUUCGUAGCUGGUAUUUUCGCCGCGUCUCUCGGAACUGUGGCGAGUGCCUUAAACUCAUUAGCGGCGAUAACCUGCGAAGAUAUUCUUCGCGGACUCUUUCAAAUGGAUUUGCCGACAAGUAAAGGUGCCAUUUACGCCAGAUGGAUCAGCAUAUUUUUCGGAGUUCUCAGUUUCGCGCUGGUCUUCAUAGUCGAGCGUCUUGGUAGCGUCUUGCAGGUUGCGCUGUCUUUCAACGGCAUGGUUGGGGGGGUGACUCUAGGAUUAUUCUCCUUGGGUAUGUUUGUACCAUGGGCUAAUGCUAAAGGAGCAAUAGUAGGUGCCAUCACGAGUUUGGUAGUCGUCAUAUGGAUUGGAUUAGGUGCCCAAAUUGCGGCUGUAAACGGACAGAUUCAAUUGGAUAGCAAGCCUAUAUCGAUUGCAGGUUGUCCUUGCAUGAAUGAGACAACAAUUGUGCUCAAUCACAACUUCAAUGAUGAAGUUUCGUCUAUAUACAAGACCAGUUAUCUAUGGUACAGUGCAAUCGGUUGCAUGUUGACCAUGCUGGUAGGCCUGGCGGUGAGUUUUGCGACGGGCGCACAAAAUCCCGCCGAUAUUGAUCAGGACUUCCUGAGCCCGCCGAUCGCAGCCAUGUUCCGCAUACAGACGAAACCUUGCGCCUCCACGAAUGUGGUCCAAGGUAUCGCGAACUUCGGUCUCGAAAUGGAAGACGAAAAGCCUCGGCAAACGGAAGUUUGCAAGAAAUGAUCUUCUUGCGAGAGAUCAUCAAUGAAGAUCACAUGAACUGGGGGAACCCGAUAAAUAGAUAUCGAGCCCGCGAGGAAAGUAGUCUGGUUCUGCGAGCGAUUCAUCGAAUGGUCGAAAGGAACGAAUUGUCCAACAGGAUAUUUAUCCCUCGAGGGUCCGCCACUUCGGAAGGGCGUAAAAUCCGUUCUCAGACUGCGUCGACAAUAUUGCAGGGAUAUUUAGAGAAAAUUGUAGUCCUUUAGAGGUUUCUCUUACUCAUUCUGAGCUUGAAAAGAAUUGUUCAGAAUUCUACUGUUUUUCCGUGCCAGUAUUAGUUUCAAAAGAAUCAGAUAAUCAGAUAGCUAUAUCCAGUAAACAUCAAUUAACAGUAACAUUAUAUAACAAUAUUAUAAUACUCAAUAAUAUAAU